CGCCCGCCGGCGCACCAGUCAGUACCGCGCCCGGCCGCCGGCGCACCAGUCAGUACCACGCCCGGCGAAUCUGGAGGGCGAAGCUGCGGCAGGGCAAUCACAACAGGGCUGUCAGAGAGGAGGCGAGGCGGGAGGAAGAUGGAGAGGCGGGUGGGAGCCUCACUCUGGACUCUACCGCCACAGCCCGGUCUAGCCGCUACGCCCGAGCUCAAGUCUGACUCGAAACUCCGCUGGGUGCCUGAGAGGACGCGGCAGGCCAAGGGGUGGAACUGAGGGGGCGGGGACGCGGCGGGCGGGUGGGGCCGCCUCCCGGUUGGGCACGCCUCCACGCCAGACUGGGCGCGAAGGAAACCGGAACCUGUCUGCCUACGGUGCCUGUUUCCGGAAGCAGCUUGAGUCUGGACGCCAACGUCGGGGACGCUGGGAAGCAGACUUCCGGCGCCCUAUUUUCUCACCGGUUCCCGCGGCGAGCCAGCAGCAGCGGCGGCGGCGAUGAGACAGAAGCACUACCUUGAGGCUGCAGCGCGGGGACUGCACGACAGCUGCCCGGGCCAAGCCCGCUACCUCCUCUGGGCCUACACUUCCUCUCACGAUGAUAAGAGCACUUUUGAAGAAACGUGUCCAUACUGUUUCCAGCUGUUGGUUCUGGAUAACUCUCGAGUGCGUCUCAAACCCAAAGCCAAGUUGACACCCAAAAUACAGAAACUUCUUCAUCGAGAAGCGAGAAACUAUACACUCAGUUUUAAAGAAGCAAAAAUGGUGAAAAAGUUCAAAGACUCCAAAAGUGUAUUGUUGAUCACUUGUAAAACAUGCAACAGAACAGUGAAACAUCAUGGUAAAAGUAGAAGCUUUCUGUCAACAUUGAAGAGCAAUCCUGCCACUCCUACAAGUAAACUCGGCCUGAAGACACCAGAGAGAAGGACUGCAAACCCAAAUCAUGACAUGUCUGGCUCGAAAGGCAAGAGCCCAGCAUCGGUUUUCAGGUUAUCCUAUACAUCUCAGAUGAAGCUGUCAUUUUUUCCCCCUUGACUGCAGAAGUUUUACCUUUUGGUGGGAAUUACUUUAAUGAAAAGCUGCAGAUGGUCAGACCUGGUGGCACACAUCUGUAAUCCCAGCACCUUUGUGAGGCCAAGGCGGGUGGAUCGCUUGAGCCCAGGAAUUCAAGACAGGCCUGGGCAACAUAGCAAGACCUUGUCUCUAUAAAAAAAAAUAAAAAUUAAAAAUAAAAAUAAAAAAAAGAUCAGUCAGGUGUGGUAGUGUGUGCCUGUAGUUCUAGCUUCUUGGGAAGCUGAGGUGGGAGGAUUGCUUGAGCCCAGGAGCUCAAAAUUUCAGUGAGCUAUGAUCGUGCCACUGCACUCCAGCCUGGGCAACAAACAGAAUGAGACCCUGUCUCAAAAAAACAAAACAAAACAAAAGCUGCAACUCAGUCUAACACCUUAAAAUAGAAGUUAAGGGUAGGACGUCCAUGUCUUUUGUUUUCUCUACAAAAGAGAGUGAAAAUCUAAAUCAGGCAAGGAAAUGGCACAAACACCACUUUAAUUGAAUCCAAGUGUCCUAACUUCAUCAAUCAUAUUUGAGAAUACUGGCAGGUGGGGGAAUAUGGGGAGGAG